CUUUAUUUUAUCAUAAGUCUUGGGUUGCCUACCCUAAAAAUCUGAUAAAACAACUAAAACUUAAUGUAUUUUUUUAUUUAAUAAACUGUUUUUAAUUAAUUAAGACUUUAAUAUUUUUACCUAAGUGCUCAUUAAAGUUAUCAUUAUUUGUUCCAAAUACACAUAAUAAAAAGAAAUAUAGUUUGUUGUAAACUUCACUAGAACCUGAAAUGUAUAAAGUAGCAGGAUCAAACUUAUUCCAUCAGUGGCUACAUGAAGAAGUAAUUUUUGACAAAUUUAAACCAUCAUGUAAAAAUGGACAACCUCAUAUAGCUGAAGUGAUAUGUAUUUGUUGGUCUUACAAUUUGUUUCGAGAAGGUGACAGUUUGUAUAUAUCAGGAGCAUUUCAAAGUAAAGACAAUCAAUACAGAGAAAUCCCCAUUCCAGAAAAAUUGAAGAAUACUUGCAUUCUAACCAGUGGAAAUGAUUACAAUUUAAUUUUAGUUGGAACUGGCUCAAGUAUUGUAUUCAUUUAUAAUUUAAAAACAUAUGAGUAUAAAAGUAUUAAAUUUAUUGAAGCUAUGAAUGUUGAUGUACAGAUAGUAAAAGUUGUAAUGACAAAUAAUAAUUGUAUCUACCUAUCAAAUCAAGGAGAUAUUUAUUGUGGGAUAUUGCCUAUACACUUGAACACUGGGCAUUGCAAUGGAAAAAUUGUAGAUGUUGUAUUAGGAAAUGAACAUGCAAUUCUACUUACAGAUACUGGUCAAAUUUAUACUUGGGGUAAUGGUCGGAGGCUACAAUUAGGACAUGGUGAAUUGAAUAAUUUAGAGUUUCCUACAGAAGUCAAAGCCCUAGCUGGUAUAAAAAUUACUAAAAUAAGUGCAGGUGGUUGGCACUCUUGUGCUUUGAGUGAAUUUGGAGACUUGUAUGUGUGGGGAUGGAAUGAUAUGGGUCAAUUGGGAGUCAAACAAGGGUCUGAAAAUGUACAAACUUUUGGUUUACCCACCUUGGUUGAUAUUUACGAUGAUGAUGGUCAAGAAAUACAAAUAAAUGUUAUUGAUGUAGCUUGUGGUACCAGACACACUGCAAUUUUAUUAGAAGAUAGAUCAAUAUGGACAAGUGGAAAUAAUAAAUAUGGACAGUUAGGUUUAUGCAUACAAGAAUAUCAAAAAGUGGUAUAUUUCAAAAAAUCAUAUAAAUAUAAAACAGAGUGUAAGCUAAAAUGUGGUCCAUGGAAUACAAUUAUUGUGGCUAGUUUAUAGAUAUGUGUAUGUUUUAUGUAUGAAAUAGGUACAAUAAAAUGAAAAAGCUAUCUUGAUUC